AUGGAAAACCAAUGGACUUCGGGUCUUUUCAGCUGCAUGGAUGACGUCGAAACUGCUUGCCUCACAUGGUUCUGCCCGUGCGUCACUUUUGGACGUAUCGCCGAUAUUGCCGACGAAGGAAGGAACGUGAUAGGAUCGAGUUGUAAGAAAUGUGGGUUAUGUUACGGGCUGCUAUGUUUUAUGGUCGCCUUCCCUUGGUUGUUAUCAUGUACUUACCGGACUAAGAUCCUACGCAAAUUCGGGAUACCAGACUCUCCAGCUACGGAUUGCCUCAUUCACUGCUUUUGUGACCGUUGUGCUCUUUGUCAAGAAUACCGUGAACUCAAAAACCGUGGUGUUGACCCUUCUAUUGGGUGGGAUGGGAAUGUGCAACGGAAAAUGGCUGCUCCUACGAGUCAAAAGAUGAUGGGUUGA